AUGGCGACAUCCCAAUUUCAAACAAACUACACCCCAACAUUUACUCCAACCGAACUCCGCAAUGGCGUGGCGAGUGGAGAUGAUGGUGUUCACGAUAACCCCCUCGGCACGUCAUCACGGACCGCGAUGGUUGAUAUCAACGGAUUGUCAGAGAAGAUUGAGAAUGUCCGAUUUGAAUUAGAGGAGCACCCUGUUGAUGUGGUGCGACCCAUCAAGGUUGGUAUUAUCGGUGCGGGUCUUGCAGGGAUUACUGCGGGCGUGCUGCUCCCUGCGAAACUCCCAGGACUUGAUCUUCGAAUCUAUGAUAAGAAUGCCGAUGUGGGAGGCACAUGGUUCGAGAAUACAUAUCCCGGCGUUCGCUGCGAUAUCCCUGCACAUGUAUAUCAAUCCAGCAUCUCGCCAAAUACCCAAUGGACGGAAGAAUUCGCCCAGGGAGAGGAGAUCAAACAAUACUGGCAGGGUGUUGCACGGGAGCACAAUGUGUACCAGUACCUUCGCGCGGGACAACGAGUGCAGAAGGCGGAAUGGCAGCCCGAGAAAGGCAAAUGGAAUGUCACUGUUGAACAUGUGGAUGGCUCAAAGAUCUAUGAAGAAGAACUCGACGUGGUAAUCAAUGCCAUCGGUCAUUUCAAUGCCUGGAAGCUACCCGACUAUGAAGGAAUCAACGACUACAAGGGGAACCUAUUUCAUUCCUCUAACUGGGAUCCAAGCAUCGAUCUGAAAGGCAAACGAAUUGCUCUUAUCGGAAAUGGCGCUUCCGGCUUGCAGGUCCUACCAUCCAUUCAACCAUUCGCUAGCCAUGUUGAUCAUUACGCUCGGAAUCCAACAUGGAUUGCAGAUUCGUUCAGCAGCGGAAAUGUGGGAGUCCGUCGACUGGAGGCAAAUCUGUUCUCCGAGACACAACUAGAGACAUGGAAAGAUCCCAAGGCGUAUCUGGAAUACCGAAGGGAUGUCGAAAAGGGAUAUUUCCAGCGCUUUGGAGCAAUCUUCAAAGACACGCCAGAAAACAACGAACUGCGUGAGAAAUGGACCGCCCUGAUGCUACAGCGGAUUGCAGGCAAACCCGAAUUAGCAGAGAAGAUUAUCCCGGACUUCCCCCCAGCGUGUCGUCGCCCAACACCAGGACCCGGAUAUCUAGAGGCCCUAUCCAAAGAGAACGUCGAUUACAUCCAGACGCGCAUCAAGCGAUUUACUGAGAAAGGCAUUGUGACCGAAGACGGCGUGGAGCGAGAAGUGGACAUCACGAUCUGCGCAACAGGAGCCAACGUCGACCACGCACCGCCAUUCUCCAUCAUCGCCGACGGAGUCGACCUCAAGCAAGCCUGGAAACAAGACGGCAAAUUCGGAUUCCCGUACUCAUACCUUGGCUUCGCAACACCCGGAUUCCCGAACCUCCUCUGGCUCGGUGGACCAUACUCCUCGGGACACAGCGGGACAGUUCCCAACAACGUCGAGAACCAAGUGACAUACAUUGCCAAAGUGCUGCGCAAGAUCCGCACGCAGGGAAUCAAGUCCAUCGUCCCGUCUAAGCAAGCGGCUGAUGACUUCGUCGAGUACUGCGACCAGUUCUACCCGCGCACUGUGUGGUCGGCAAACUGUAGCUCGUGGUAUAACGGUGGCAAGCCCGGGUCUCGGAUUCAUGGUCUCUUCCCCGGUAGUGCGUCGCAUUCGAAUUAUAUUCGUCGAGACCCGCGUUGGGAGGAUUGGGAGUAUACCUAUGUUAAUCAAAGUGGGAAUCGGUUCGCUUACUUUGGUAAUGGAUGGACUUCGAAGGAGUUGACUCCCGAUGCGGAAUUGACGCCUCAUUUGAGAUUGCCGGAGGAGCUUAACUUGAAGACUCACAUGGAGGGAUGGUGGGAUGUUUGA